AUGACACGGCUCGCGCUCAGUCACAGCCACCACGGCAGGCCUGCAAGCCAACACAUCCUCGACCACGAGCGACAACAACCACGACAGCAGCAGAACGACAGACACACUUUCCAUGUGGCUGGGGGUGCACGGGGCUUUGCAGCACAAGCGCAGGAGCAGGGCCCCGCAGCUGAGAGACAAGGUGCACCAAGCUCACACAAACACAGUGCCCACAGGAGAGUGACGUACGAUUACGAGAACCCGAUCGAGUACGGGUGCCAUGCGUACGAGGCCGACGUUCGGAUUGACGGCAUCCCGGGCUCGUUCUGCUCCCCGUCGUGCUCCCGCACGGUGCCGUGCUCCACAAACCUACCACCCGACACCACGGCCGCGCCGGAGUGCGUGCUGGAGUUUCCAGGCGACACAGCGCCCUCCAUGUGCGCGCUCGUGUGCACACCAGGCGCCAACCAAUGCCCCCUCAACGCCAGCUGCAAGUCUAUCUCCCCAGGCAUGGGCCUCAGCAGGCGGUGUGGCUGCGGUGGCCGCGGCGGAGGCAGGGAUAGCAAGUCGAACAUGGAGGGGCGGAGACGAGAAGGACGACGGUUACGGCGAGGUGGCUCGGUUGUUGGAGCUGUGGUAGCUCUGGUGGCGGCGGUGGUGACAGUGAUGGUGGUGAUGGAGGCAGACACGGCAUGGGGAAGGGAGUUUCAGCAGUGCGAAGAAGGAGAGGUGUGUAUUGGCACAGCAUGCUUUGUGCUGGAGGGGGGAGGUGGCAUCGAGGGCUACCACCUGCCGUGUUCCGUCUGUCGGUGCGUGCCACGCGAGGGCGGCUUGCUCCUGCAUCCCCUGGACCGCCCGCCCUGCCCGCUGGAGAAGCUGCGGCCCAAGUGGGUCUUCUACAAGAACAUGCACCACAGCAUGAUGUUCCCGACCCGCUGCCAGAUGAACUUCUACAACCAGACACACCUCUGGCAGGAGCUGCAGCGGCGCAACGGCAUGUGGAUUGCCAUGGUCGGCGACAGCCUCAUCCGCUCCGUCUUUGCAAGCCUGCUCGACCUCUUCUUGCCCGGCCCCGUCAAGGAGUACACCUCUUUCGAGAAGGACGUGUACCACCUGGACCACCUCAUCUGCUGCCGUGCGCCAGACGACUGCGUCGGCGAGAUCCGCACUGACCCGGAUGCCGUCUUCACAGACAUGGUGCAGCGGCACAUGAGGCACAGCGGCGUCAGCUGCAUCACGUGGCAGUGGGGUCGCUACGCGGACGAUGACCUCAUCAAGGCCACCGCGCGCCUGGCCGCCAGCUCCCCUGCACCGGCCGCCAUCGUCGUCAACCCGGGCAUCCACGGCCUUCUGCCGGGCUCACGCUUCAUCAAGGAGCUCGACGGCAUGGAGCGCUUCCUCAAACUGUGCGGCAGGCUCGGUCGGCAGACGCAGUGCAUUGUGCAGACAACCGCGCACACGGGGUACAACCGCACCGACGCUGUCACCUACAAGCACCUGCGCCUGCGCCAAUACAUUGCAGCAUACAACGCGGGCGUGAUUGAGCUCAUCCACGCCUACGGAACGGCCAAGUACGUCGACGCGGGCCGACUGUCACGCUCCCCGCUGAUUCGCGCAACCAUGUCUGGCGAUCGACUGCACUUCUUGAAGGAUCCCGUUAUCUUUGGGCCCGUCAUUGCGCAGAGCAUGCUCAACCUCUUGGUCAGCCCGUGCGACGACUGCCUCACCGUGGAGGCGCUCGAGAACUUUUUCUGA